AUGAACACCAACACCCAUCACAAAAGAUCAUUAGAGGAUUCUAAUGGGAAUGACACCAAGAAAUUGAAACAAGAGGAUCCAAAGUAUAUUUUACCAAAACAAGUGAAUACACACCCAGCCACUCUACCGGAAAGAAAGAAAAAUAUAGAAUACAUUCUUAACAUCCUAACUAAGAAACAACCAAAUAUCACCAAUCCAAAACUAAAAGCAAUAGAAAUCGAAUAUGAAAUAGCCAAAAAAUCAACCAAUGUGACUUACAAAACAGUAUUCAGACAAGAAGUAUUCAAAUUAACCAAACCAGUCAAAUCCCAACCUCUGUCACAACAACAACAACAACAACAACAACAACAACAACACCACCUCAAUAAAGUAGAUCAAGAAGCAAAAGAAUUGAAAAUCUUAAAGGAAAUGAUUAUUUCUCGGAAAACGUUAAUAGAUUUUGGAUACAUAAUGGACCCACCUGAAUCCAAACCAAAUGAAAAAAUCACAAGAAUUUGUAGUCGAUGUGGAACUGAAUUUCGUUUAGAUCAACAAUUACAACCAAUUGUUUGUGAAUUCCAUCACGGUAAGAAACAAAAAGGGAAAUAUCUAUGUUGUAUGUCCAAUGUGAAUGGACAACCUUGUAGUAAAGCCAAAAAUCAUGUUUAUUUAUUAAAUACACCAGAAGAAAAACAAGCAUUAUUACCAUAUAAAUCCACUAAAGAAUUAUUCACAACAAAGGGUAAAUCACAAGUACUUGGUAUUGAUUGUGAAAUGGGAUUUACCACAAAAGGAUUUGAAUUGAUGAGAAUUACCGCAAUUGAUUACUUCACUACAAAAACAGUUUUAGAUAUAUUCAUUAAACCCAUUGGUGAAAUAGUAGAUUUAAAUACUAGAUAUUCUGGUAUUCAUGAAUUGACGGAUGAUUUUUUGUCAUGGGAACAACUGAUGAAGAAAUUAGGUGAAGUAAUGGAUUCAGAAACAAUAUUAAUUGGUCAUGGAUUAGAAAAUGAUAUGAAUGCCAUGAGAUUAAUACAUGAGAAUAUAAUUGACACUUCUAUACUUUUCCCAAGUAAAUGGAAAACUGGUCCAAAUAAACGAUGGAGUCUAAAAGAUUUAGCAUUCGAAUAUCUUAGUCGUAAAAUUCAGACUGGUGAACAUGAUAGUGGUGAAGAUUCUAUUGCUGCAAUUGAUAUUGUGAAACAUUUUGUCAAAAAACAGUUGACGUCUGUAGGUACAUCUAUUAAAAAGUAA